UCUUUAUGUUGUCACUUUUUACUACAUUUUCCGGCAAGUUGUUCUACUUGUUUAUUACUUUUGAAGAGGAAAACAUGGACCUCAUGAGAGUGCGGUGCCUGGGCUUCAUAAGCUUUAGGUUAUGAUCUCUUGUGUGUGGGUGGGAAUGGCCAGUGACGAGUUUAAGGAAGUUCCUACCGCCGCAUACCCUGUCAUACCCCUUGAGGAUAUUAAAGACUUCUAUCAUGUCUCCCCAGGUUCUUCGCUCUCCAGAUUCAAGAAAUUUAUAAGAACUUAGAUAUUACCAAUGAGUACAAGUUUAUGACUCUGGGCACACAAACUUGCUGAUGAUGGAGUGUCAUGUUUGUCUGGAAAAUUAUAACGAGGGGAAGCGACUGCCAAGGACCCUCUACUGUGGGCAUACUAUUUGUACCCAGUGCCUCAACCAAAUCAUGAAGCGCCGUCCCCUAAGAUGUCCCUACUGCCGCACUUACCACAGGGGGUCAGUCCUCUGCCCAGCUGACCUCCCUCUCCAUGAAGAACUGAUAGCAAAAAUGGCUGAAGAAAAAGAGAGCCAUGAGCAAUGCAGCACAGAUGAUCCUUUAGAGACAAAUCAGCUUAAUGUACUCAAGCUGAGGGAAGAUGUCAAGAAAGCAAGUACAGAUGGACACUCCCUGUGGACCCUGCUGCCAGCACAGGGAGGCCAAACACGGCACUCUCGAGUCAGCCUCUUCAGCAACCGUCUCCAUCUUCACGCAUUGCAAGAUGGAGAACCUCCCUCAGGCCCACAGACAUUCCCGUAUAAUGAGAUCCAAGAUUUGCAGGAUGAAGAUUUUUGCAUUGUAUUUUUUGAUGUAUCUUGGAGAGGGAACUACCAAGGCCGUGUGUAUAUUGUGCUCCUCGACCAUGAAGGAAGGACUCGUCAAUUCAAGGCACUAUGUACAGGGCAACUUGGACCAUCUUAUGUGGGUACUCGCUUUUUAGAGGUUGCACGAAAAAAUGAGCUAGGAGAGCAGAUUUGGGGAGGUGAUUAUGAAAGAAAUGAUGGCACAGGAGGGGCAGCCUUACCUGGGAUGGACCGAGGCAGAAAAAACAAGCAAGAUGUGGUGGCAGGUCUUGUGGCAGGGUUCUACUUCACUGGUUAUGGGCAAGAUCACUGCCCCUCUCAGUUCGGAAUAUACACCAGAGACUGGCCAGGUUAUAUAGAAAUGUCCUCCCUUGGAACCGUGAUUGGAGGAAUGGAUGUUAUCAACACUGUUGUCAGGCUCGACAAUAUCCAAGAAGCUUUCAUCUCUGAUUGUGGUCUCCUCUUGUGUCACUAAAACAACUCAGUGCCCUUACAUAAAAAAACAUUUGAAACAUCAGCAUUAUGAUGUUAACUCAUCUUCACUGUUAUGCAUGUGAUGUCUUAAGAUAUAUAGAUUUUUGUUCCAAAGACAAGUAAUGCUCAUUAUAUAUAUAAGUACUUAACCACUGAAUGUCUGCUGACAUUUUUCUAAAUGUCACCCAUGUUUAAGAUUUUUUUUAUGAAUUUAAAUUGUUUACUUAUAAAACCUCCUGCCUUGUUCAUUUUUGGGGUGAAAACUGGUUCAUGAAAGUUUGCGUUUGAUAAAUUAAAUUUGAUGUGUCAAUUUCAUAGACUUUCAUGACACUCCAGCUAACCAUGGUUGAUCCCAUGAACUUGUUCAGUGGAUGCUUCCAUUUUCUGUAGUGUGGAUAUGGGAUGUAUAUUAUAUCCAUGCACCUUGAGAUCUGUGUAAGACACAUAAGAAGAAAGGGCAGGGGGGAAGAGUAUUUCCCCAUUACCCAUGUUUUAGGUCUUAUUAAACUGUCAUAGUCUGAAUUUUUUUCAAUCAAGUUUCUAUAUGCAUACAUACAUACAUUUGUAUUUACAUAUGUGAGGCAACAUAACAUAAUAUAAAAGUGUGCUGCACUUACUUGUGACCGUUGGCAUGGCACUGGUAGCAUCACCCUGCUGGGGCCUCGUCAUGUGGAGUGGGAUGGCCAGUUCCUUUCCACUGCCUUUAUGUUCCCAAUCAUAACUUUAUGUUUGCAAACAGUGAGAAGUGCUCUUUGAAUGCAGCAUUAUCCUCAUUAUAAUGUAUCACAUUAAAAUAAUGAAAUUACAAGUAUGACACAACACUGAACAAGAACUUCCUCAAUGAAAUCAUGGUCAUGAUAGAAGAGUUUUGUCAAAAUAGUAUAAAUUAUUGUUGCAACAAAACAAAAAAAUGAAAACAUGAAUUUGUAUACACGUGCUUUUUAUUUUAUUUAUGCUAUAGAUAUUUUAAAUUUGGAUAUUUAAAUGUGUAAAAUAAGAUAUUAAUAUUGUAGUUUUACUAUUGACUUAUUCCUGAAAAUGACUGCCAGUCUCCUGUUGGGCAGAUGUAAUAUCAGAUGAAAUUAAGUCAUUGCAUGGUAAUCAGUGAUAGUUUUUUUGUUUUUUUUUUCCAUCAACCAUGAUCGCAUUACUGAGCAUUAUAACUCAGUAAAAUAAAAAUUUUAUGUGACUGCGAGACUGGUUAAGGGUACAACAGACAGAAAAAUAAUUGCCACUCCAUAUAAAGAGAGAGAGAGAGAGAGAGAGAGAGAAAUUUCAAAAUUAAAAUCAGUUUUGUUCCAGAGGUUUCUUGAAAUAUUUCCCAAAAGAUACUCAAGUCUAAAAAGGUGUAAAAGCAGAAAAGAGAGUAUCCCAGAGUGAAAAUACUGUUUAAAUCUCACAUUAAUUGGUGAACAGAAUAGGGAUGAAAGCAGAAAAACUGUAAUUACCAAGUUUAGGGAAAAUCUAUCCUGAAAAUAAUCAUAGAAGAUAGAAAGGUAUGUAACACUGCUGAAAUGUGAAAGAUCAUAGAAUUAAAGAAGACAAGUUAAUGGAAGAAUCUGACACCUGGAUACUAACAGGAAGUGCAUGUAAGAAGUUCCACGUACAUGAAUAUCAAGCUCCAUACAAGACAUUUAGGGAGCUGGAUUAACAGUGAGGUUAUGUUUCAGCAAUGAAAAUUUUACAAGUGUGUGCAACAUGCCAUAAGAUAUCAAUGUAAUAAAAAUAUGUACAACUGUAA